AUGGAAAACCAUCACUCAUCAUCUCCUCCUACAAACAAUGCUAAUAUUUCUAAAGGAAAUUUAACUGAUCAAAUGCCUAUAAAUGAGCUUCAAGUUAUUGCAGUUCUUAGCAACAAUAACAAAAAUGGUGAAAUUACUUCUGCUGAAGAAAUUGAUGCUUAUAUCAAUAAUUUCCCUCCUGGUUAUCGUUUUAACCCUACUGAUUCUGAGCUCGUUACGUAUUAUUUGAAGAGGAAGUUGGAUAACUUGCCUUUGUAUCCAAACAGGAUAUAUGAAAUCAACAUUUAUAAGUACAACCCUGAGUUGAUUGCUGGUAUUACUGAAGAAAAAGAAUGGUAUGUCUUAACACCAAGAGAUCGUAAGUACAGAAAUGGAAAUCGACCAAAUAGAGCUGCUGGUGAUGGAUAUUGGAAAGCUACUGGAGCUGAUAAACAAAUCAAGGAUAAUAAAAAUGUGAUAAUUGGAUUAAAAAAGUCUUUAGUUUAUUACAUUGGAAAGCCUCCAAAAGGAGAAAAGACUAAUUGGAUUAUGCACGAGUAUAGAGUCCCUGACAUUCCAAAUUUGGCUGAAAGAGAUAUUAAUGACUGGAAGUUGGAUGAAUGGGUAUUGUGCAGGAUCUACAAGAAAUCAGAUAGGGAUAACACCAUGUUCACUCAAAGAAAGAGAAUUAGGGAUGCAUAUGAAACUAAGACAGGAAGAGGAAAUAGUAAUGAUUCUGUUCAAGAAUUUAAUGAUGAUGGGCAAAUUGGUGAGUCCUCUGAUGGAAAUUUAAGCAAUGAAUUUGCUAAUAUUACUUUCGAAGCUACAAGUCAAGACUCUACCAGACACGACUCCAUAAACUGUAUCCAGGACACGUUACAUUCCAACAAUCACGUACCGACAUUUCACCCACAAGUUCCCACUAGAUUUGGUAACUUCACUCAAAGUUGUGUGCCUGAAUUUUGUGACAUGCCAUGGUCAACAACUAAUGCCUAUGACUACCAAAGUAUUGUGACAAAUGAUAAAUUUCACUACCCUCCUUCACCUAUGAAGAUUGAACCAAUAUCUUCUAUGAUGGCUAAUAACAAUUUCAUGGGACAAGAUGAUAACAUGAAAAGCAAAGGAUUUGGUGAUAUUCCUUGCUUUAGUUCAUGUAUUGGUGGCUAUAUAGGGCAAGAUUAUGAGUAUAUGGGACUUGAAAAAAUGGGCAGUGGUGAGUUCAUUGAUCAGUAUCUUGUGAAUUGUGAGAUGGUAAACUCUACUAUGUAUUUACCAGAAUAUAACAUGAAGAAUUUGGUGAAUGGUGAGAGUAGUAGUCAAUCAAAUACUAUUUCUGGAAAGUAG